CUAUUAUUUUUCGUAUGAAAUUAAUUUUUUACAUUAUAGUUUAAUACAAUAUAGGAACAAUAUUUUAUUAAAUUAAUGGAUUAUGAAUUAAACAUUACCAUAAUAUUUAAUUGUUGAUAUGACUUUUAAAUAAAAUAAUACACCAUAAAUAUUAGUUUAAUAAAUUAUUGAAAUAGUGAUCAAAAUAUUUUAUUAGAUAAUAAAUAGUUAAUGAACAUAAGAUUAGAAAAUAUUAUUCAAUAAUGGUGUAUAAUGUAAUAGCAGCUAUAUCAAAAAAUGGUGGCAUUGGAUAUAAAGGUGAUUUGCCUUGGCGUUUGAAAAAUGAAAUGAAUUAUUUUAAUAAAAUGACUACUCAAGUAAAAUCAACAGAUAAAAAAAAUGCUGUUAUAAUGGGUCGCCUUACUUGGCAAUCAAUACCUGAUAAAUUCAGACCUUUAAAAGACCGUUUGAAUGUAGUCAUCUCUAAAACUUUACAUUCUGUACCUGAAGGAGUACUUUUGUAUCCAGAAUUGUAUAAAGCUGUUGAAGACCUUAGCUUAAAAGAAAAUAUUGAAAAAAUUUGGGUAAUUGGAGGAUCCUUUUUAUAUAAUGAAGCAAUAAAAGAUGAAAAUUGUAAAAAUUUGUAUAUUACAAAAAUUGAUCAAGAAUUCACUUGUGAUACCUUCUUUCCUACUAUUGAUCCAAAGUUAUUCAUUGAAAUAGAUGAUCCUGAGGUAUCUAAAGGAAAUAUGAAUGAAAACGGGAUUACUUAUGAAUUUAAAGUAUAUAAAAGAAAAUGAUGCUCAAUUUAAAUUUAAGUAAAUAAUUUAUUUAUCAUUCUUUAAUUUAUGUUUGUAUAUAUAUAUAAAAUUUUUAUAAUUUUUUUCUUUUUAUUAAAAUUUUAAUAAUUAAUUCCAAAUAGAUAUUUUUUUGUUUAUAUGUUUAUUUUUUAUAUAAUGGAUCAUUAUUUCUAUGAAUUUUUUUUUAAGAAUAUUUAGCAAUGUGAAUAUAAAUUAAAAAAU